GGCAGCAGCAUGGCGGCCGGAUACGGGCCGCCCAACCGUCUUCCCGGCUGUAGCCGCCGCUGUCGCCGGAGUCGCCGGGACCCUAUAGUCUGCGUGUGUUAGUUGUAAGCCCGCUGCCUCCCGGUCAGUCCUCCUGUCUACCUUCACCGCCACUGCCUGCCCGAGGGUCGGCCGGCGGGUAACUCCCUCUCCUACGCGGCCCCACCCACAAACCCGGGCCAGGACCAUGGAGGACGUGAAGCUGGAGUUCCCCUCGCUCCCACAGAGCAAAGAAGACGCCGAGGAGUGGACCUACCCUAUGAGACGAGAGAUGCAGGAAAUUCUGCCUGGUUUGUUUUUAGGCCCAUAUUCUUCUGCCAUGAAAAGCAAGCUACCUAUACUACAGAAACAUGGAGUAACUCAUAUAAUAUGUAUACGACAAAAUAUUGAAGCAAACUUUAUUAAACCCAACUUUCAACAAUUAUUUAGAUAUUUAGUCUUGGAUAUUGCAGAUAAUCCGGUUGAAAAUAUAAUACGUUUUUUCCCCAUGACAAAAGAAUUUAUUGAUGAGAGCUUACAAAGUGGAGGAAAAGUUCUUGUCCAUGGGAAUGCAGGGAUCUCCAGGAGUGCUGCCUUUGUUAUUGCAUACAUUAUGGAAACAUUUGGAAUGAAGUACAGAGAUGCAUUUGCUUAUGUUCAAGAAAGAAGAUUUUGUAUUAAUCCUAAUGCUGGAUUUGUCCAUCAACUUCAGGAAUAUGAAGCCAUCUACCUAGCAAAAUUAACAAUACAGAUGAUGUCACCACUUCAGAUAGAAAGGUCGUUAUCUGUUCAUUCUGACUCCACAGGCAGUUUGAAGAGAACACAUGAAGAAGAAGAUGAUUUUGGAAACAUGCAAGUGGCAGCUGCACAGAAUGGCUGAUUCAAGAGCAACAUUAUAGAGGAUGUGAAUUUCUAUUUAAGGAGAAAAAUAC